AUGGACCUCUGCUGGCUGGCCUUCCUGCUCCUGGCCACGACAGUGCGGCUUGAUGCCACCAAACGCUUUCGUGACGUGCUGAGCAACGAAACGCCUUCCAGUUUCACAAGGGAGCACGGUCAGUUAGAUGGAUGGUCUUCCGAUGAAAAUGAAUGGAAUGAAAAGCUCUACCCAGUAUGGAAGAAGGACGACUCAAGAUGGAAAAACUCCUGGAAAGGAGGCCAUGUGCAGGCGUCUCUAACCAGUGACUCACCGGCUCUGGUGGGUUCCACUAUCACCUUUAUGGUGACCCUGGUAUUUCCCAGAUGCCAAAAAGAAGAUGCCGAUGGCAACAUCGUUUAUGAGAAGAACUGCAGAAAUGAGACGGGUCCCACCCAGGACCCCUACGUGUACAACUGGACGGCGUGGGACGAUGGGGAAUGGGCCAACGGCACCAGCCGAAGCCAUCACCACGUGUUCCCUGACGGGAGGCCUUUCCCUCACCCGCCGGGAUGGAAGAAACGGAAUUUCAUCUACGUUUUUCACACAUUUGGUCAGUAUUUCCAGGAACAGGGCCGGUGUUCAGCAAGCAUCUCUGUAAACACAGCCAACAUGACACUCGGCCCUCAGGUGAUGGAAGUAAUUGUCUACAGGAGACAGCGGCGCACCUACGUCCCUGUCGCAAAGGUGAAAGAUGUCUACAUGGUCACAGAUCAAAUUCCUGUAUUCGUGACUAUGUCCCAGAAGAACAAUCGAAAUGCAUCGGAUGAAACCUUCCUCAGGGACCUCCCCAUCAUCUUCGAUGUCCUGAUCCAUGACCCCAGCCACUUCCUCAAUGAGUCUACCCUUUACUACAAGUGGAAGUUCGGGGACAACACAAGUCUGCUGGUUUCCCGUGACCACACUUUGAAUCACACAUACAUGCACAAUGGAACCUUCAACCUCAACCUCACCGUGCAAGCCACAGUGCCAGAGCCUUGCCUGCCCCCUUCCCUGGGGCCGCCGAAUGCCACCACCCCAGGUUAGUUGCCUUCUGGGGAUAGUCUCCCAGAGCUGGCGGAGACCCCCAGCGACAGCUGCCAGAUGAACAGAUACGGCUACUUCGAAGCUGUGCUGGACAUUGUCGAGGGAAUUCUCCAGGUCAACAUCAUCCAGACGACGUAUGUCACAGACCCCGUGCCACAGCCUGAGGCUGAUGAUGUCAUGAUGGAUUUUGUCGUAACCUGCCAGGGGGCGGCUCCCACAGAGGUCUGCACCGCCAUUGCCGACCCUGCCUGCCAGACAGUCCAGAACACAGUCUGCGACUCUGUGGCCACCAGCCUGGAUGACUCGUGCUUGCUGACUGUGAGGAGAGCCUUCCGCAGCUCUGGAAUGUUCUGCAUGAACCUCACUCUGGGCAAUGGUGAAAGCCUGGCCCUCACCAGCACCCUUGUCUCCGUGCCGGUUAGAGCCCCAGCCUCCCCCUUAAGAACAACAAAUGGUGUCCUGGUCUCUGUUGGCUGCGUGGCCGUAUUUGUCACAGUGAUCGCCUUCUUUAUGUACAAAAAACACAAGGAGUACAAACCAAUAGAAAGCAGUACCAGCAUUGUGGUCAAAGGCAAAGGCCUGAACAUUUUCCUCCACCGUGCCAAGGCCGUGUUCCUGCCCAGAAGCCGGGAGAAAGAUCCUCUGCUCAAGAACCAGCCAGCCAGCCCUUAAGUCCUGUCUUCUCUCUCCCUCAGCACCUCCAGCACCUCUUGUGAGAGCUGCACCAGAAGGGCUGACCGUUCGCUUUCCCCUAAAGGUGGUUGUAAAUACACACUGUGGUUGGCGGAGUCAAUUUUUAUUUAAUAGGUUAAGUGGCAUCUUCAAGGUGUGCGGUGGAAGUCCCUGCCUGCAGCCUCCAACCUAGCAUCUCACUAACCUGUCAGCAGCGCUUGCUUUCACUGUAAUUCAUGUUUCAUAUGUGAUGUCUUGGGAUUCAGCUAGAUGGAUGGUGUCCAGAGAGGAGGGAGAAGGCGCCCUUCACUACAGUCUGGUCUGAUUUGACUAGAAGGGGACACUGAACUCUUUCGUUUUCCACUGCAGAAAACCAAUGGGUGCCCAGUGCUUCCACUCAUGCCCCAUAGGCAGACUGAACUCAUACCAAAGAACGCGCCUGAGCUCCUGAGAGAGCGAGAGCAGGCCAUGCUUGAGCACCAGGUGUAUGCGGUGGUGUUAUCCUCAAAAAGAAACUUGACCGGCCUGAAGGACAGUCCAGCAGAGACAGCACAGUGCAGUGCGGCACCCUGCGUGCCCCAAGCUGGUCCUGUCUCUGACAGCAUUUCUGGUAACCCCGAGCCUCGACAGGAGUCAUCCCUGAGCACAGAGGCAGGGUAAGCCCUGAGUGCAGCCAGGUGGGACCCAGAAACCAGAGGACAGGACAACUGAGGGUGACUAUUUUCAUGACAGUCUGCCCUGCUCAGCCGUGUGAGUGGACUGCGGUUGCUUGUCACGUAUCCCACGGACACUGAAUUGGCAUGCUGUAUCUGUAAUGCCCGGCAUAUUGCUACAUACAUGGUCCUGCACUGAGAAAUCACAGAAACCCAGAGAUCUGGAGUUCCUAAUGAUACACACUUUGGAAAGGGGGUGUUACAAUUUCUUUUUAUAAAGUGAGCCCACUGGUUUUUUAGUGAAAUAAAACAGAAUGA